CAAAAUUUCAAAAACAUUACAUUUUAUACAUUUAUGUAUGAUGAGGUUAUGUUAUCAAACAAUGUGAAGUUAAAUAACUAAACUUAAUAUUGAAAAAGACCAUACAAUAUAUUUUACAAUGAAUCCUAUGACAAAUGUAAAGAAUGUUUUAAAAUUAAGUGAAAGAGAGCUUUCGGGAAAUUCGAAAAGUUCUUGGCAUGACCAGUACAAAGACAGUGCGUGGAUAUUUGUCGGAGGCCUACCGUAUGAUUUAACGGAAGGAGAUAUCAUUUGUGUAUUUUCACAGUAUGGGGAAGUGGUUAACAUAAACUUGGUUAGAGAUAAAGCUACUGGCAAAUCGAGAGGAUUUUCAUUUAUUUGCUAUGAAGAUCAAAGGUCUACAAUUCUUGCUGUGGAUAAUUUAAAUGGUAUCAAGAUCUUAGGUAGAACAAUUCGUGUGGACCACUGUGAACAGUAUAAAGCCCCAAAUGCGGACAUGAGCAAGAUAGAUGAAAUAACUGCAUCAAUUAGAAUAGAAGGAUGUGCACCUGUUAUUCCCAAACCAGAAAUACCUAUUAAAGCAGAGAAGACAGAAAAGAAAGAACAUAAAGAAAAAAAGAGAAAGCAUAAAGAAAAGAAAAGUAAAAAAAAGAAAAAGAAGAAAAAUAAAUCAGAGUCUGAUUCUAGCUCAAGUGAAUAAGACAACUUUUCAUAUAAUAAAAUAAUAUUAUUUAAUAUUA